CCCCCCCCAGCGCGCCGUGCGCUGUCAACACGGCCGGUGAUGUCGGCGGGGCGAGGGGAGCGAGGCUCCUCCGAGCGAGGCUCCUCCGAGCGGGGCUCCUCCGAGCGAGGCUCCUCCGAGCGGGGCUCCUCCGAGUGGGGCUCCUCCGAGCGAGGCUCCUCCGAGCGGGGCUCCUCCGAGCGGGGCUCCUCCGAGCGAGGCUCCUCCGAGCGAGGCUCCUCCGAGCGGGGCUCCUCCGAGCGGAGCAAGAAAGCAUGUGUGCCCCGGCUCACCAACUCCCCAUCUCUCAUUGUGAUGGUGGGGUUGCCGGCUCGGGGAAAGACCUACAUCUCCAAGAAGCUCACACGCUACCUCAACUGGAUCGGAGUCAGCACCAAAGUGUUCAACGUGGGCAUGUACCGGCGCCAGGCCACCGACUCGUACCGCUCGUUCGAGUUCUUCCGCCAUGACAACGAGGAGGCGAUGACGAUCAGGAAGCAGUGCGCGCUGACGGCGCUGAACGACGUGAAGACAUACCUCUCAGAGGAGGGCGGCCAAGUGGCAGUGUUUGACGCAACGAACACGACGCGGGAACGGCGCGAGAUCAUCAUGAACUUUGCGAGCGAGAACGCGUACAAAGUGUUCUUCGUGGAGUCGGUGUGCAUGGACCCCGAUGUCAUCGCCGCCAACAUCCAGGAGGUGAAGCUGACGGGGCCCGACUACAAGGGCAUGGACAAGGAGGACGCCGUGGACGACUUCCUCAAGAGGAUCGUGCUCUACGAGCAGACCUACGAGCCGCUGGACGACGUCACCGACAGCGAGCUGUCCUACAUCAAGAUCAUCAACGUGGGGCAGCGCUUCCUGGUGAACCGCGUGCAGGACCACGUGCAGAGCAAGAUCGUCUACUACCUGAUGAACAUCCACGUGCAGCCGCGCUCCAUCUACCUGUGCCGCCACGGCGAGAGCGAGCUCAACAUCAAGGGCCGCAUCGGCGGGGACUCGGGGCUCUCGCUGCGCGGGAAGCAGUUCGCCAACACAAUGGGCAAGUUCCUGCGUGAGCAGAACAUCAAGGACCUGAAGGUUUGGACGAGCCAAAUGAAGCGCACCAUCCAGACGGCCGAGGCGCUGGCCGCGCCCUACGAGCAGUGGAAGGCGCUCGACGAGAUCGACGCCGGCGUGUGCGAAGAGAUGACCUACGAGGAGAUCCAGGAGACGCACCCGGAGGAGUUUGCGCUCCGGGACCAGGACAAGUACCACUACCGCUACCCCAAGGGGGAGUCCUACCAGGACCUGGUUCACCGCCUGGAGCCGGUGAUCAUGGAGCUGGAGCGGCAGGAGAACGUGCUGGUCAUCUGCCACCAGGCCGUCAUGCGCUGCCUGCUCGCGUACUUCCUUGACAAGUCCUACGAAGAGCUUCCCUACCUCAAGUGCUACCUCCACACGGUCAUCAAGCUCACACCCGUGGCUUACGGCUGCAAGAUGGAGCAAAUAAACCUCAAGGUGGAGGCGGUGAACACGCACAGAGACCGGCCAGAGGACACAUGCGUUUCUCGAGGCGCCGCGCAAGCGCUGAGCACUGUCCCCAACCACGAUUAACAUCCCCCGCUCAUCCUCCUCCUCUUCCUCCUCCACUUCCUCACCUCUCCGUUCACCCAGCCUCCUCUCCUCACCACCCUGCUGCUCUUCACGAGGGCUCGCCCCGUCCCACCCGCCCGCCCGCUCGCCGCGUGCGACGCCUUCCAGCCCUGUCGCCCUCCAAUUUUUUUUUUUAUUCCUCCGUUAUUUUAUUGUUUGAAAAGUUCAGUUGGUGGUAUUUGCCGUGCGUGCGCACGCACUGUGUGGAGUGUGUGUCACAUUCUGCACAAGCCCCGUCGUCGCUUGAACAUCUUCACCCUGAACGCGCGUGGCUCCUUGCGAUCGAUUGCAAUACAACAAAAAAUAUAUACGAUUCCGCAUUGACAGCGCUGCUGCACAAGAGCGAAUAACAAAACUCGACGCGUUCGCCUGACACCACUGCCCAGAUAGAUGGCCCUGGCGGUAGAGCGAGCGGCUCGCACUAUGGAAAGAUUUCUAAGUUAAAAUCCUGGUUGGGGUGGGGGGGGGGUUGACUGGACCCAUCAUCCCCUGUCGCUGUCCAUGUUAUUCAGAUUACGACUGGGUCCUAUUAAUGCUCCAUCUUCGUUGGCCGGUGUGUUUUGGGGCACUUCCCGUUGAUGGCUAAGCAGCCCAAUCCUCGAAAUGCUAGAUCCUCUCCCAUGGGAUGAAUCACACGAGUACCAUUUAGUGGGGAACUCAACCAGUGUUUGACCUGAGGAUAUACUCGCCCUCACCAUAGGAAUUUCCUACAAACUGGCUAGUGGCCGUAAACAGGAGAUGACCACCAUGGCCUCUGCUCAUGCGAGCAGGAAAUCACUGCGACUUGAUUUUGAAGUCCGGCUCUGCCGUCUUUCCUCCAUGUGCUGGGUAAGAGGAAGGGUCAGAGGGCACAUGGAGUGGGGCAAACACUCGGUUUCAUGUUAAAGGGCUGCGGUAACUACUGAAUAACACAUUCUAGCUCUGGCACUAGCUCGCUGCAGCUAGCACACUGGACUUGUAACAGGUGACGUUUGUGCCAGUGACGACGAGCCACUGCCGGACGUGUUGUCCAGUAUAUAUCUGCUCCUCUGCAGGCAGGGGGCAGUGUUAUCGACGAACGUGUUGAGUUCCUUAGGUGGAGCAGUAGAUUGGCAGAGUUGAUUCGAUCGCGGCUCACCGAGUCGUCGGGUCUGCGACCGACGAGCCUUUUCCCACCGCGGCGGCGGGCAGUGCUCGUGAUGAAUGUUCGUCUCCCAACCCUCGGUCGAUUUGUAAACUUUUUUGGGGGGGGGGGGGCUCGAGCAAAGCAAGAUAUUAAAAACCGCUUGUGCCUGAAUUUGAGCAGCGCGCAGAACGCGCGGCGAGCUGCAGACGCGCGGGCGCUCGCGAACAAAAAAAAUCUCGCGAUGCAGAUAAGACCCACGCAUGUCAACUCCCCCCCCAAAGGGUUCAAUCGGUGAAAUGUCCAGUGACAAAAUAUUGGGGGGAAACCCAAUAAACUCAGAGGGGGAGCCCUAAGAAACUGAGGCACAGACAGAAUUGCGUAGGAGCAACAGGUUAAUGUCCACUAUUUAGUGAACACCCCCAUAGUAAAUGAAAUAAUAACCUUGAAUAGUGGUUAGUUUCCAGCCUGAUUCUCAUGGAAAGGCUGCGAGUAAAGACAACAGUUUUGGAGCUAAACCUUCCAUAAGACCUGAAACUACUUGCGGCAGCUGUUGCUGGUGAGGCACUGCAAUAAAUAGGGCUUUAUGUGUGCUAAUUUACAACGGGUAAACAACACAAAUUGUGAGAAUCCACUGUACGGCCGUGAGACACUGAAAACUGUGAAAAACCGCGAAUCUCACGGCACACAAUGUGAGACUUGACGCGCACGAAGGGCUUGAUUCUCGAAUUUCAACGGCACUUGACAAUUCUAAUCUUCUGCAGCACGGCCGAGUGGCACUUAUGGCAGCAUUUGUGUAUCUACUGCCACACAGCCGGUUGGUAUUAUAGUUGUAUUGACGGUUUAACCGUGUAUAAACACAAACUGUAUCGGUAAUUGUAUUUCGUCGUCUUAAACGUACAAGUUUACUUAAUUCUGUGCAAUCUGCUGCUGGCUGGGGUGAGACCUCGGUUUCGUGCUCGAUGCGACGGAUCCUGCAACCGGCUUCUAGUUGUAAUCACCCACCACCGACCUUGCCUCUCGCCUCACCAUUUACCGCUAAACCCUCGCCCCCCCCCCCUCACCCCGCUGGUUCCUGUGGGUGCGCGCAGAAUGUGGACGUGAGCCGCUCCAGGGAGGAUGCCCUGCGGACUGUACCUCUACACAAGUGACUCGCUCACUCGCUCGCUUGCCUGCCUGCCCACCCGCUUGCCCCGCCCGCUUACCCUCCAAACCCACUCGAUUACCUCUCUUAAGGAUGUGAUGGGCUACGGAGGGUACAGGUUGUCUGGUGCUGCCAAGCCACAGGUCUGUGUGACCUGGAGGAUGUAGAUAUCAUAGAGAGGGCAUCUCGGCAUGACCGUGACCCAGUGGUCACUCCUGGCCACAAAGUCUGCCCCCGGGUUUUCCAGUCUCGGGUGAUCGAUAAAUGCAUGGAUUAGUUUAAAAAACUGGAAUGCGUUGGCAGUGGCUUUAUCGUCAGGGCUCUCCCCAGUAGCUUCCCAGGAGCACCAAUUGCAUUAUUAUCACCGUCGUCAUCGCUCUUUCUACCAGACGGACAAGUCCAUUUUCCCAGAACUGGUCUCGUUGGAACCCAGCACAGGAACAUCGUCAUCAUCGUCGUCCUCGUCAUCACAAUCGGACGCCGCUUCGUGAUCCAGUCUUUGCCUGCACGCAUAGUGCGAGACUGUAAAACGCCGAGCUGGAAAAUGUCGCCUCCUCAAAACCGGACUCGCACGUCGCCUCUGGACUUGAACGGCCGAAGUGGCAGCUUUGAGAAAGGCGGCUGCGGUUGCGCUGCAGAGUUUCUCUGUGCGGGACGAAGGGUGGGUGGGUAUAAUGCCGAGGCCACGAUCACUCUCGGGUUUUUUAGAUUUUGUGUUUUUUUUUUACACUGUAGAUGCUGUCCCGUGGCUCGUGGUAGCGGUUUCAAACACGGUGGUUUUCAAACGCGGCGGUUGCACCGGCAAUGCAAUCGGUAACACUCGACGCGAGCGGGCGCUGGGCAAAAUCGCGGUGUCCGGUGCCGGGCAACCGGCGGUUGGUGCCAAGGAGCCGUGGAAAAUCGGAGAGAGAUUUUGAUGUUCCAACAAAAAAUCGGAAUCUGCUCCAAAAACAUUUGCACCCACGGGCUGCAACGCCACUGUAACAAUGCCGCAGGGAUUUUAUUACGGUUGUUUUAACUGGCGGGUAUUAUUAUUACAGAACGGUGUAUCUCAACGCCCAUCAUCGUGGUCCUCUCCUUGCUGUGCAUUUUUUUUGUGAUUAGUACCAAUCAGGCUCUUUAUCCAUAUGAAAAUUAAAGCCUCUGUAGACAAUGCACAUAAAUGAUGGUUGUUAAUCGUGGAAAGCCAUAUCGUUGGGAGUGGGGGGGGGAAUUGGCGUUGAGAAAUGAACGUUAUUAGCGCAUCGCAAUGCAAUAUGGGUGCCGUGGAUUCUUAGCCGGUUCCGUUUUAUGCACGCGUUUCAACUUUGAGGGUUGUCACAGGAAUUGCAGGUGGCACUUUUAACCUUUAUACUCGUAUUAAAUUUUUUUUAAGAAUGCACGCUCGUGAAACUACACUAAGGGGGGGGGGGCUACCCACUCCCGUUAAGGGGGGCGGCAUGUCUGGUAAAAAAAAAAGAACAAUCCGAGCUCAGUAUUUAAUGGGCAUGUGACGAUUCCUCAAUUUUUAUCGAUUGUUACGCUCGCAACACUAAACGCACGCAUAAAAUAACUGGGCCGUGUUCAUCAUUUCAUCUGCGGAAUGAUGGUGAUGAUGCUGCUGCGGUGGUGGUGCAAUGGUUCUAUUCGAUCCAUUUAAACAUUGGCGAAGUUUCUAAAAUUCCACCACUCACCCACCGCCUUGGUCUUCUACCCAGCAGUAUAUGGGUACACCAGUCGCUCGACAGGCAGGUCACAACAUGGUGGGGUUGCGUGUGGGUAACGCCCACCACUUCCCAAUUUCUGCAGCCUCCGUGGAAGGAUAAACCAAGCACCCUCUAGACAUGGGCUGAGUUUCAUCUGGGGGGGGGGGGGGGAGACUCUUCUACUCGCAGCACCGUGAGCAGGUGAUGUCAGAGCUGCCCCCUUUAUCUUGUAUGCAAAUGUUUCCGUUGGGCUAGCGGAACAAAGGAUACUGGGAACGCACGGAACGCACAAUGCUCGGCGGUGCGUAUCGGACAAAAGAAUCGAACAUUGAAUCGAACCGUGGACCCUCAAAAUUAAAACAAUUUGAUGAAUCGCCACGGAGGUUGAAUCGUUACAUGCCUUGCGCCCGUUGUAAAUUUCGUGUUUUUAUUUUCAACACUCCGCAAUCGGGCCUGCGGAACAUCGUCGCGCCACAACAAAUAUUGCGGCGACGCUUGCCAAAUGGAGAACGCCGGGGAAGGUGGGGGGGGGGAAGAGCGGCGCACGAAUUAACCAAGUGGCCUACGCGCCGCUCUUGCCGUCGGUCGCUUCCAAAAAAGAACAAGAUGCCAACCGCCCUGCCAAACUAUCGAGCGGACGGACAAACGAAACGAUCGCAGAAAACAAGGCUUUGCACAGCACCAGCAGACAGACCUCGUCGAACGUACGGUGGGGAAGCAUGCCGGCGAGGAAUGGGAACGGUGGUGGAGCGAGAAUUGUGCCGCCGGCAGCUGUUUGAAAACAGAACAAAAACCACGCAGAGAUUUAAAGUUGGUGACUUCGCUGCGGCCCUCCGUUUGGAAGAUGGGAGAGGCCAGCUGGAUCGAGAUCGGAGCAAUCGCAUCUGUGGAUUAAUAUGGGAGGGGGGGGGUCUCAUCUCUGGGAAUGGGUGGUGGGAUCCCGCAGCCCUUCACGGUGAUUUGUGCACAAACUAGCCCGCCGACUCCACAGCUGGAAUGUAAUGCCAUCGUUUUGUGUAUUUACCUAUAUCACACGUGGGGAACCAUUUCUGUUCUGGGGGGGGGGGGAGAGGAAAAGUUUCAUAUUCCUUUGGCGGGCAACCACACUUAAGAUAACCACUAAACUCUGCUCAAGGUUGGGCCACAUGCAUUGACUGCGUAUGCUCCGAGCUACUUGAAAGACAACUGUGAGUGACCUGAGCGCCACUAAAAUUAGAAAAGCUGCAGUGUUUCCAGUAUGAAAAUAUUCCCCUGUAGCACCCGAUUAGCGCCGCUGGAAUGCUCGCAGGAACGGAUGAAUGCCAUUGGCGUAACGCUGUGAAGUGGGUCGUUGUGAAGGUGGGUCGACCUCAUGUGGCUGCGGGUCAUGUAAAAUGACAGGGUCAUGUCUGGCACACGGGGGGGGGGCAUAGGUUCCCCCACCCCAAGGUGUGCAGUUGAUAUGGGGAGACAAUGCUGUCCGGUCUUUGAUUUGAACAGUGAAUUAAUGUGACCGACGGUCACGCAAACUUCCACUUACCCUCUGGGUGCGACUCUCCGCGAGCGGGGUCGGUUCCUCGUUUCCAUUGCUCGCUGUACCCGACACGCGCUCGGAUUUUUGCUGUGCAUUAACUUUGUAUGUCGGGUAAUUUUCGUUGCACAAACUCAGGUGCUUUGGUGUGUGUGACUGCCGUCCAACCAACACGCACGUCCUUUGCCAAUUGGCUCGGGCAGGGGUGGUGGAAGUCACGCGAAUAAACAACUAAAAUGAACAACUUUGUACCGCGAAUUGUGGCAAAAAGUUCACAAACCCGUGGCCAAAGUUCACCCAAUUUGUGUUUUAAUUGCACAUUUAUAAUUGUCAGCGUAUCAAGUUUGAUUUCGAGUUGGUCACUGGGACUCGACGAUUGCUGUAUUGAAAAAGUCCGGGUCACUUUGGCUGAAUGUAUUGAGACGAUGCGGUCAGGCCUGUGACUACACGGCGCAGCAUAUUACCAGAUGUUUGUGGUGGUCACCUUUUUAAAGGGGGCGUUUAAUCGCGACUGUACCUGUCACGGACAUCAAUCCACUAUCAGCUGCAAUGGAAAGACAGCAAUUAGACCUCAGGCCAUUUUACGUUUUACACAGACUACGUUGUUCUGUAGGGGGGGAGGGGUGGUGCUCUGGUGAAUGGUGGUGACGAGGAGGAGACCCUGCUUUUUGCUAAAGUUGAAAUUUUUCCACGGAAAGUGUUUUAAAACGGCGAGAAAAGUGUUUGAUUUUAAAUACCUGUACAGUAAUGAAGGCUGAAUGUGUUCAACUGAUGUAAAAAAAAUAUAACAAUCUAUCUUCCAAAGACAUCAUUACAACAUUUGUCGAUGUUUAGACUGUGACAAUAACAAAAUAAAAUAUUGGGAAGGGCAAACCAGCCCUGAGAACGUC